GCCGUUUUUUUAUCUCUCUCUCUAUCUUCACCUUCUUGCUUUCGUCUGUCGCUGUAAUUCUGUAGUAGGUGUGUGUGUGUCUAUCGUGGAUUGCCGGUUCGGUUUUUCAUCUUUGUUUUGCGGAAUGUUUGUGUUGGCUUUUGUUGCACUCUGAAGCAAUUCUAAUCACUCGCUCGACGGCAAUUCUCAACCCCCUUCCUUUCGGCUCAAGUUUUCCGGCGCGUUUGCUUAAGGCUGACGGAGUCUGUGUGGCUGCAUCGCACAAUUUUAGGAGGUUCAGUUAAUAUAGUAGAGCAACAAGAUGGCAACCUUUGGGGAUAUAGGGCUUGCAGCUGGAGUCAAUAUUCUCAGUGCGUUGAUCUUCCUUGUAGCAUUUGCCAUCCUAAGAAUUCAACCGUUUAACGACAGAGUGUAUUUCCCAAAAUGGUACCUCAAGGGUUUAAGAAGCAGUCCCACGCAAUCUGGUGCAUUUGUUUCCAAAUUUGUCAAUCUGGACUGGAGGUCAUAUAUUAGGUUUCUGAAUUGGGUGCCAGAUGCAUUGAGAAUGCCAGAGGCAGAGUUGAUUGAUCAUGCAGGGCUAGAUUCGGCCGUCUAUUUGCGAAUUUACUUGCUCGGACUGAAGAUUUUUGUUCCAGUGACAUUGCUCGCAUGGGCUAUCCUUGUGCCUGUCAACUGGACAAACAACACUUUGGCUAUAUCACAUGCAACAGACAAGCUAGAGUACAGUGAUAUUGACAAGCUUUCUAUUUCAAACAUUCCUCAUGGAUCAAAGAGGGAUCCCUGUUGUCAGUCAUUAAAGGAGCUUUAUAUGAGUUUUAACCUCAGUUUCAGGGGCAAUAGUGUUUCUGGUGAUAAAUCAGUUUCUGUAGUGAUGGAUUCUGUAUGGCAUUCUGGGUUUUGGGCUCAUAUUGUAAUGGCCUAUGCCUUCACUAUUUGGACUUGUUAUACCUUGAUGAAGGAGUAUGAGGCAGUUGCUACAAUGCGCUUACACUUUCUUGCUUCAGAAAGACGUCGGCCUGAUCAAUUUACUGUUCUCGUUAAAAAUGUGCCACCUGAUCCAGAUGAAUCAGUGAGUGAAUCCGUGGAGCAUUUUUUCUUGGUCAACCAUCCAGAUCAUUAUCUGACACAUCAGGUUGUGAUCAAUGCCAAUAAACUUGCAAAACUUGUCAAGGAGAGAGAGAAGAAGGAAAACUGGCUUGACUAUUACCAAUUGAAAUAUACAAGAAAUCCAUCACAACGGCCUAUGACAAAGACUGGUUGUCUUGGCCUUUGUGGAGAUAAAGUGGAUGCGAUUGAAUAUCAGACAGCUGAAAUUGAGAGACUAUCAAAAGAAAUAGAGGAAGAACGGGAGAGGGUUAAAAUUGAUCCAAAGUGCAUCAUGCCAGCAGCUUUUGUCUCUUUCAGAACUCGGUGGGCUGCUGCUGUGUGUGCACAAACACAACAAUCAAGGAAUCCUACUGUGUGGUUAACAGAGUGGGCUUCAGAGCCACGGGAUGUUUACUGGAACAAUCUUGCGAUUCCUUAUGUUUCGCUGACUAUUAGAAGGCUUAUUAUUGCAGUUGCUUUCUUCUUCCUCACGUUUUUUUUCAUGAUACCAAUCACUGCUGUGCAAUCCCUUGCAAACAUCGAGGGCAUUCAAAAGAGGUUACCAUUUCUUAAGGCGAUCACUGACGUCCCUUUCAUCAAGGCCUUCAUCCAAGGGGUUCUACCAGGGAUCGCUCUAAAGAUCUUUCUUAUUGUGUUGCCAACAAUUUUGAUGAUGAUGUCCAAAUUUGAGGGUUUCCUGUCGAUAUCAGUCCUUGAGAGGAGAUCUGCCAUGAGAUAUUAUAUAUUCAACUUUGUGAAUGUUUUCCUUGUCAGCGUAAUCGCAGGAACUGCAUUGCAACAACUCAAUAGUUUUCUUAAUCAGUCACCACAGGAGAUCCCCAGGACAAUUGGUGUGGCAAUCCCUAUGAAAGCAACUUUCUUCAUUACGUAUGUAAUGGUUGAUGGAUGGGCUGGUGUUGCUGGUGAAAUCCUUAGACUGAAGCCACUGAUAUUCUACCAUCUGAAAAACUUCUUCUUGGUGAAGACUGAAAAAGAUAGGGAGAAGGCCAUGGAUCCAGGAAGCAUUGGUUUUAACACGGGCGAACCUCAGAUACAAUUGUAUUUUCUGCUAGGCCUCGUCUAUGCUGUUGUCACACCUGUUUUCCUCCCUUUUAUAUUGAUUUUCUUUGCCUUCGCAUAUCUGAUAUUCCGCCACCAGAUCAUAAACGUAUACAACCAAGAGUAUGAAAGUGGUGCUGCAUUUUGGCCGGAUGUACACGGUCGCAUAAUUGUUGCCCUUAUGUUCUCGCAGCUAGUUCUGCUCGGUUUAAUGGGCACUAAAGGGAUCUUUCAGGCUCCACCCCUCCUUCUCGUGCUCAUUGUGUUGACCUUCUUUUUCCAUAGGUACUGCAAAGGCCGUUUCGAACCAGCUUUCGUUAGAUACCCUCUACAGGAAGCAAUGAUGAAAGACACCCUGGAACGGGCAAGGGAACCGAACCUGAACCUGAAAUCCUAUCUCCAGUAUGCUUACAUUCACCCGGUUUUCAAAGACGAGGAGGAUGACGAGGAUGAAAGCAUCAACGGGAAAUUAGAUGAUGAAAGUGUGAUUGUCCCCACAAAAAGACAGUCGAGAAGGAAUACACCUUUGCCGAGUAAAGUCAGUGGUGGGUCCUCCCCAUCACUUCCGGAUAUUGUUCCUGAAAACUUUUGAAGUGAGUGAUGGAUAAGUUUUUCUGUAAGGUGUAGCCCCGUGUGAAGGGUAGUACCACAAAAUUAGUGUGCAGGAAUGUAAGUAUGGGUGGGUUUGAGGUGUAUAUAGAGUAAGAUUUCUAUCGAAUUCUAAGGUCUGUACAUUUCAGCGUGNUGAUCUGUUUCUUGUCU